AUGAAUUCCAAAAUGAAACAGAAUGUGAACGUGGAGAAGUCAUCGGGAUCUUUGCAGAAGUACCUCAUAGACACCACAAGCAGUGCUGCUCCAAGACGAACUCUUAAAAUGAUUCAGCCUUCAGCAACGGGCUGCCUGGUUGGCAGACGCAAUGAGAAGAAAUCUUCAGUCAAAAGGAAACUCUGCAAUAAGAAGCUCAUCUCAAAGGCUUGUCAGGCUGAGGUGUCUGUGGACAAGGAGCAGGAAAAUGAGAAGAUGAAUGAUGGCAUUCAAGCUAUAGAUCUUAUGAUGAAAGGAAGCCCUUCAUCUCAGUAUUGGAAAGAAGUAGCUGAAGAAAGGAGGAAGGCUCUGUAUGAAGUGCUUCAAGAAAAUGAAAAGCUGCACAAAGAAAUUGAACAGAAGGAUGGUGAGAUUGCCCACCUGAGAGAAGAAAAUGAAGAGCUCAUGUCCCUGGCUGAACACGUGCGUUAUAUGACCAGUGUGAUCGAGAGGCUAACUGGGGAAGCACCUGACAAUCUUGAGACACCAAAGAGUCUGGUUCUGGAGGAAUCGAAACAAGAAGCUGAAGAGCUCACCUGUGGAGAUGGUGCAGACAGCACUUCUGAAGGACCAUCACGAGUAUCAUGUGGUUUAAGGGAGAGUGUGUCAGACCCUGCUUCAAAGGAAGCAAGUCAUUUGCAACUGGAAUGA